AUGGAAUUUGUACCAGCACCCGCCGUGCAUCGUGUAUUAUGCGCAGAUUGCGGAACGCCUAUCGUGCCCAAUUCUGCUAAUCUUUGUGUAGCAUGCCUUAGGAACACCGUCGAUAUAACGGAGGGAAUCCCUAAACAAUCAUCUGUAUCAUUUUGCCGAAAUUGCGAGCGCUUCCUAUCUCCCCCACAAUCAUGGUCUCUCGCUCGACCAGAAUCGCAAGAACUUCUUGCCAUCUGUCUCAAAAAACUCAAAGGGUUGAACAAAGUUCGACUGACAGAGGCCCAUUUUAUCUGGACAGAGCCACAUUCAAAGCGAUUACGUGUAUCUUUAACCGUACAAAAGGAGGUUUUAACCUCAACGAUAUUGGAGCAGGUAUUUGAAAUUGAAUAUCUCGUUCAACAUGGUCAAUGUCCAGAUUGUGCCAAGCUUGCCGCAAAAAAUACGUGGAAGGCACUCGUGCAGGUGCGACAAAAGGUUCCACACAAACGAACUUUUCUAUUCCUGGAGCAACUGAUCAUCAAACACGGUGCCCAAAAAGACACUAUCUCAGUAAAAGAGGUGAAGGAUGGAUUGGAUUUCUUCUACAGUCAAAGAAACCACGCAAUCAAGAUGGUGGAGUUCUUGGCUGGAGUUGUGCCCGUACGGUCAAAGGGAUCAGAGCAACUUCUUUCGACCGAUACUCAUUCUGGCACUGCAAGCUACAAAUUUACAUAUUCUGUGGAAAUCGUUCCGGUUUGCAAGGACGAUCUUGUGUGCAUACCUUUAAAACAGGCACGUCAGCUGAGCAACAUUAGUCCAUUAACGAUAUGCACUCGUGUUGGCAGCUCAUUCCAACUGCUCGACGUUUCUACCUUGCAAACAUGCGAGAUCUCAGCCCAGGUGUAUUGGCGUGUUCCAUUCGACUCUCUCGCCCAGGUGACAGAUCUAGUCGAAUUCACCAUCCUGGAUAUCGAACCUUCAGGGUCUGUCAGAGGCAAGUGGGUCCUGGCUGACGCACAAGUAGCCAUGUCCGGCGCGUUCCGUUCGAGUGGGACACACGCUGACGACGAUGGCAUGGACUACGAAAAUUCCGCAAUAUCAAAUCAGAUAUACCAUACUCGCACACAUCUUGGUGCCAUUCUCCAGCCUGGUGAUACUGCUUUGGGAUAUCACCUCAGCAACGCGAAUUUCAAUUCAGAUGACUUCUCUUCACUGCCUUCAUCUCGCAUUCCUGAUAUUAUCCUCGUGAAGAAGGCAUACCCCAAUCGUCGUAAGAAGAGCAAGGCGCGUAACUGGAAGCUCAGGAGUAUCGCAAAGGAGGCUGGCGAAGAAGGUGAGACAGGUGGCGGUAGAGGUGUCGUUGGUCGGAUGGGCGGACGGGACAACAAGAAAGUUGACGAGGAUUAUGAAUUGUUCUUGAGGGAUCUAGAGGAGGAUCCAGAGAUGCGUGGGGCGGUGAAUCUUUACAAGGCAAAGGACGUGAAGAUGCGAGAAGUAGGCAGUGGAGAUAAGACGACGAGAAAGGGACAAUAUGGAAUGGAUGUGGAUGAGGGUAUGGAUGCCCCAUCGAUGGGUGGGGAUGACGAGGAUAAGGAAGCUGGCGAAGAAGAGCCUGAUUUCCCUGAAGUUAAGCUGGACGAGCUUUUGGAAGACUUUGAUGAUAUGACUUUAGGAGACUCGGAAGAUAAAGAAAAUUAG